AUGUGCAAUUAGAAGAUGACAUUCUCGCCAAGCGUGGAUUUGUUACAAUUAUGAAAAACUUUGCGUUGGAUAAAACGGUGCGCAAGGAACCAUGGUUCGUUUUAGAUUUUUGCCAGCUUGGAUUUAUCGGCAAAAUGUUUAAAUCGGCUGAACUUCCGUGGUUGAUCACAUUCUUUCAAAUGUUCUACAACGAUAAGCCGGUCGAUUGGCUACUGGAACAUUUGAUUUAUACAAAAGUUUGCAACUGGGAAAAGGAUCAGAAACAUUGCAAAUUGGAAAAAGCAAAGUUAUGGCUGCAUUACAAGCCAUCGCUGUUCCAGCAUAUCGGAACGACCUCAUCUUUACGUGGCAAAGUGCAAAAAUUGAAAGACAAACAAUUUGGUAAAAUUCCGUCAUUUUAUCCGCAUUCGAAUCCAUCAGCCACCGUAAAAAGUCCAAUAAAUCCGUAUAAAAGUCAUACAUUGAACCGUGCAUACUUGGGUGAGACAUUUUUCUGGGGUCUCUUGCCGCAGCCAGGCGACUUGGUUGAAUUUAUUUUUCAUCAGCCCUAUAAUUUAAGAAGAUAUCUAUUUCGAAGUGGUAAUAGUGAGCAUCCAUCGGACUGCUUCAAACAGAACACAACUGUUGAAAUUUUGCCAGCAUCAUUGCCAGAAAAUUCAUAUAUAUGGAGUGCCUAUAAUUUAACGACCGACGGAUUCCUAAUCGUUGGAUGCUUUAAUGAAUUUGGUAUCGCUGAAGGAGUAAUCGAUGCGAAAAUCGGAAAAAUUAGAGAAAUUCGAUUGCAUGUGCACACGGAUAGCGAAAAUUGGGCCAUUCUUAGCGAAAUUCACCUACAAGAUACAGCAGCGUGAUGAUUUUUCUGAAUUAUUCAUGUUGAAUUUAGCAUAAUAUUGUCAUAAACUUAAACAUCUGGCUGGACAAGUUCUUGCUUAUUAGGUAUUCGACCAAUUGCGGUGCGAAUUUUGCACAAUAUCGCCUGAGCCAAACAUCUUUAAAACUGAACGCAUUUUGUUAUUUGGCGACACGUUGAUGGAACACAUAAACAGGAUUUACAAGCUAUAUAUAAAUUACUAUGUAUUAAACGAAAAAAAAAACCAAACUGUGAUAUAAAUAUUACACACAUGAGAGAAAAGAAUUGAGAAUUUGUUCAUUUUAAUUGUAUGAAUUUAUAUCAUUUAGUUGUUAAGAAAUAAUUUUUUAUUUAAUUGAUGCGUAUCCUCAACGAGAAAUGCUAGACAAUUAAAUUAUUCAUUUUAAUUUUUCAAUUUUGUAAAUAGAAACAAAAUAUCGAAAAGAAGAAAUAGCAAAAAAGACAAACAUACGUUUACCGAUGGCUCAGCAUCUCAGCAAGUCACUGUAUAAGUGGCGUGCGUUGAUGUGCACAGCUACAUCGACUACACACAAACAGAGCGUUUUACACACAAACAGAGAGCGCAGUGUUUGGGUGUAAUCGAUGUAGCUAUGCUCGGAUAUAUCCGCAGAUACGAAAUGCUGAGAUGCUGAGCCAUCGGUAAAUGUAUGUUUGAAAAAAUACGACGAAAAUAUAAAUUUAACACUAUGACUGUUCUUGGGGCAUCCUGGGCUCCCAGCGAACUUUAAAGUUGAAUAAGAGUACUGAACAGUGUAUAAACCAACCGAAGUUAAGUCUCAUUGUAUAGAUUGAACAAUUCUCUACACGAAUGACAUAUACACAUAUGCAUAUGUGUGAGUAUGUGUAAAAUACAGCCUGUCGCAUAACAUAUUACGCUGUUGUUCUUGAAGGACUACAGGGCCCUAUGGCUAUUUUAUAUUAUAACUGGACUAUGAUAAGAGAUAUCGACUUAGUGUCUUCGGCAAAGUUGUAGCGCUCCACAACUUUGCCCAAGACAUCAUAUCGUUAUCUCUUAUCAGUUACGCGGAAUACGCGAGAAACCGCAGAAAACCGUGAAACACGCGAAUUUUUUGUCAUCAUUUUUUCGCGUAACUGAUAAGAGAUAACGACUUGGUAUCUGUGGCAAAGUUGUAAUACUCGACCUGCUCUACAUUGACUGUCGAAGAGGCAAGUCUCUUACUUCUUAUCAGCUUCACUAAAAAAGAGGUGGGAAAAUUUCGCGAUUUUCGCGAUUUUUAGCGUUUUUUCGCGGAAAUGAUAAGAGAUAAGCAUAUUUGUUGCAGCAAAAUUAUAGCAAACCUCGAGUAUUACAACUUUGCCUCAGACACUAAUUUGUUAUCUCUUAUCACAGUUCAGAUUUCAUAUGAAGUACAUAGCCUGUAGUCCCCCAAGAACAAAAAUAGGUAUAAAAUAUGAUGAACAGUCAUAGUGUUAAUUGAACAAUCCAUUUUAUGUUGAAAAAAAAAAAUGGUGUGAACUCUGGUACUUACGCUUACUUAAAUAUUCUUUUCAAAACAACUACAAUACAAUGCUCAUAUGUGAUCAAUGGCUAAUAUCGAUAUAAUAUUCAAUCAAAUGGCUUCAACAAAAAAGUUCCAUGGCCUGAGCCAAAUAUACAAAGAAGAUUAUUGUAACGAUUUAGUUCGGAAAGACAUUGAACAAACAUUUAUGAAAUAACACAGAACCAUUUUAUUCAAAACAAGCGUGCUCAGUGCUCGCUGCUCAAAGACAUUUGCCCGCAGUUUUUUUUUUUACUUCAAUGUCUAAUGAUAUUAUUUCCUCUUAUCCCAGUUCACACUCAAAACCAAGUCAACAUCAGAGGAAAACACAAAAAAUUGACUCAACAAUCACCACCGAUCAAAUCGGUUUCUAUGUUUUUUUUUUCGAUCGACAUUCAACAUAUUUUAGCCAUAAAAAAUUGAUGAUACAGUUUCUUCUGUCUAAAAUGAAAUAAUAUGAAAUUCAAACGAACUUGGUGUUUAAAACAAAUCAAACACAGAAUCACAUCAAAACCAUUUUGAAGAAAUUCCUAUGAGCAUGGUUGUGCCAAAAUGAAAGUGUUGCUUUGUGUCAAACAAAAGAAAGAAAUACGUUAAGAAAUCGCUUGAGUUUUGGAAGUCGUUGUUGAUGAAAACCAACAUACGUUUUCGGAAAACUAAACGGCAGAGAUAAUAGCAUGCACGGAUUAUAUGCAGUAUAUCGACGCCGCAUAUUAUUAAACAAGUAGACAAAAAAAUACACUCAUACAAGUCGUGCAUAGACGGCAGCACGCACAGCAAAGUACGUCUAGAUCAAAUUCUGUCCUAUUGUAAAAUUUGGUCUCAUUCAAAUAGGCAGUAGAUACAUACUAUUAGCUCAAACUGAAAUUCAAUCAUGGCAAAUUACAACAAUUGGUAAUGUAACUAUAGUAGAACCAAUUUGAUUAGCCGAUUUGGACAAGGACUUAAACAUAUAGCAAAAUAACUGUUAUAAAAUAAAAGAAAAAUCAAAUAAAUGUGAAUAAUUAUAAUGAUAUUGACCAACAUCACCAAGCUCCCAAAAUGUGUGUAUAGGAUAUGAUAUGCUUUCAUUGGAUAUUGAAAAAAUUAUCAAUUGUUUUUGAAAAUUAUUUGCAUAUCGAGUUUGCUGAGAAAUGUUAAGCCACAAAAAAACGCAUCAUCAAAUAUAAACGAUUGUAGCACUCACCAUA